AGUGUUAUUAAUUUUACAGUACACAAAAGUUGUUUACAAAUGGCGUCUGAGGGAACAACAGAAAGUUUUUAAAAUUACCGCCUAAAGAAACAAAAUAAAGUACACCUGUAAUCAAAGACUUUUACAAUGAGUGAUAAUAAUAAAGACGAGACUGGGACAGAACCAGAUGCGACACAUCAGAAGAGUUUAGCCAUGCAGGAGGAGAGCAUGGGUCCACUUAAAGAAGACCUUGCUGAUUGGAUAGCAAAGACAUUAGAAAUAGAUAUUUCAUCAGAGAACUUCAUGGAUGUGUUAGACAAUGGAGUACAUCUAUGUGACCUUGCAAAUGUGAUUCACAGAAAGGCGGAGGAGUGUGUAAAGGAGGGAAAUUGUACUGAUGAUAUACCAAAAGUACAUUUGAAAUGUCGAAGAAAUGCACAAUCAGGUAGUUGGUUUGCUAGAGACAAUUCUGCUAGUUUUCUCAAAUGGUGUAAAUCCUUCAAAAUGCAGGAUGACUGUUUGUUUGAGUCAGAAGACCUAGUUUCUCACAAAUCAGAGAGACAGGUGAUAGUUACUUUGUUAGAGUUAGCUCGUAUUGGAUAUAAAUAUGGAUUAGAACCGCCCAGUAUCAUCAAAAUAGAGAAGGAACUGGAGAAGGAGGAGCAACCAGAAGCUCCGCCCCAAAAACCUAAAGCACCUCCUUCAGCAAGGUCAAGACCACUAAAUUUAGAUGAAGAGGUCCGUAAGAUGGCAGCAAAGUGCAAUUGUUCAGAACAUGUUACUAGAAUUAGAGAAGGAAAGUAUAUGGUGUUUGGAAAAGCUGUGAUAAUAAGGAUGCUGCAAAAUUCAGACAGGUUUAAGCUGUUAAAGAAUCGGCAUUUGAUGGUACGAGUCGGCGGCGGUUGGGAUACCUUGGAACACUACCUCAUGAAGCAUAACCCAGUCUUAGCAGUGGAGCAUCGUCGUAGAAACAGUAUAGACUACCUGGAGGGGGAAGAUGUCUUAGAAGGGAAAUUUUUAUACAUCAAAUCAAAAUACAAAACAUGAAGUGGGGUUUUAUUUUAGACUCAAAAGAUCUUGUGAUAUUUUUUGUGUGCUUAACAUUCCAAAACAAAGGGUAAUAAGAUAUUUGAGAUAAUUAUGCAAUUUUGUUGUUAUUGUUAGAAAUGUUACGAAUUUGUUAUAGUUAAUUCAUAUUCUAGGUUGUAAAUGUAUAAUAUUUUAUGAAAGAUUUGUUAUUUGGAGCUCUGAUUCUUUUUAUAACAGUUAUGAUGUCAAUUUAUAUUUAAAGGUUGUGAUUUUUAACAAGUUACUUAUUUUCAGGAAUAUUUUGUGCAUGUUUGUUAGUUAAAAUGAAAUACUUAUAGAAAUACUGCCAAACUUAUGAAUAUCAGAAUUUACUUCAGGCAGAUCAUAUCUUUUUACCUUUAUGUUAGUGAAAGUGAUUCUUUAUUUUAUAUGUCAGUAACUGUUACAGAUAUUU